GAUGUAAUGGACGUGGCGGACAUUAGUCGAUCGAUCGAGAGAGAAAGAGAGGGGGAAGAAAUGGAGGCGAAAUUCCAGUUCCAUCGAAGUGGCUAAUUCCAUCAAGAUCGAUAAGCAAUACGAGUGAUGGAUAUAUCAAGAGCCGUAAGGCUGCCUCAGGCCGUGGCAUCGCCGUGUCCGCCCGAGGCUUGCAAUUAGGCCUUCCCUGAUUGGCCGCCACCUGCUGAGUCACGCGAUUGCCGACUGGCAAACCCGAGGUUAGCAUAGUUAAUCCGGCCGAUGCUGGCUCAGACUUUCCCUUCACGUUGGUUAGUUGUGCCCGCUUUUUCUCCUCCAAGUGGACUCGCUCCUAUUCCUAUCCUAUCCUUGCCUUUCCUUUCUUGCUGCUGGCUGGCGUUGGUCGAUUUGUCUGGGACCAUCUCUCCUCUUCUCUUUUCCAACCCUGUUCAUAUUAUCGCCAUUGUCGUCGGCACACCUGCAGUUUGCGCCCCGUUCCGUCCAUCCGCCACUCCCUGCGUCUUCCCUUCGACUCGAUCAUCAUGGCUGCUCUUCGCUCGUCUUCGCGCCUGUUCGCCUCCGCGCGACCCCUCUUCCGUCCUGCCGCCUUCGCUCGCUCCUAUGCGACCGUUGAUGCUUCCGCGCAGGACCCCAACCCCUCGGAUCAGCCUCGCGUCAAGAAGUUCCAGGUCUACCGCUGGAACCCCGACCAGCCGGCCGAGAAGCCGCAGAUGCAGACCUACUCCCUCGACCUGAACAAGACCGGCCCCAUGAUGCUGGACGCUCUGAUCCGCAUCAAGAACGAGAUGGACCCCACCCUGACUUUCCGCCGCAGUUGCCGUGAAGGUAUCUGUGGCAGUUGCGCCAUGAACAUCGACGGAACCAACACCCUGGCCUGCCUGUGCCGGAUCCCCACGGAUACCACCAAGGAGUCGCGCAUCUACCCGCUGCCGCACAUGUACGUCGUCAAGGACCUGGUGCCGGACUUGACCCAGUUCUACAAGCAGUACAAGUCCAUCAAGCCUUACCUGCAGCGCGAUACCCCUACUGAGGAUGGCCUUGAAUACCGCCAGAGCCCCGAGGAGCGCAAGAAGCUGGACGGUCUGUACGAGUGCAUUCUGUGCGCCUGCUGCUCGACCUCGUGUCCGUCGUACUGGUGGAACAGCGAGGAGUACCUGGGUCCCGCCAUCCUGCUCCAGUCGUACCGGUGGCUGGCCGACUCGCGUGACGAGCGCACCGCCGAGCGCAAGGCCGCCCUGGACAACAGCAUGAGCGUGUACCGGUGCCACACGAUUCUCAACUGCACGCGGACCUGCCCCAAGGGUCUGAACCCGGCCCUUGCCAUCGCCGAGAUCAAGAAGAUGAUGGCUGCGCAUUAGGAUUUUUAAAAAAUGGUUUUUUCUUGUUUCUUUCUUCUAACUUUUAUCUUAUCUUUAUCUUUAUCGUGUCAUGCCUGAACUUUUCUUUUGUUUCAUAUAUCUUGCGUUAUUGAGCUGAUUCCCUCGGAUUGUGAGGUUUUGAUGUUUCGAUAGGUGUAAAUGUGAAUAUAUUUGGUUAUAUCUGGUUAUA